UCUGGGACAAAUCUACGUUUAUAUACCGUAUGGAGAUCGCGGCAGCCAUCGUCGUUGAAAAUCAACGGGGGAGCUCCAAUGGCAGGUGGUCAGCCGGAGAGAGAGGACAAAGUAUCGUUGGAACUUACUGAAGAAAUUCUUCAAAGCAUGGAAGUUGGAAUGGCCUUUCGCGAUUAUAAUGGUAGAAUCAGCUCAAUGGAUUUCCAUAAGACAUCAAGUUAUCUGGUUACUGCUAGUGAUGAUGAAUCCAUUCGCCUGUAUGAUGUUGCUAGUGCAACAUGCCUUAAAACAAUCAACAGUAAGAAGUAUGGGGUGGACCUAGUUUGCUUUACCUCUCAUCCUACAACUGUUAUAUAUUCCUCGAAGAAUGGCUGGGAUGAAUCCCUGCGGCUUCUGUCGUUGCAUGAUAACAAAUAUUUGAGAUAUUUCAAGGGCCAUCAUGACAGGGUUGUUUCUCUUAGCCUCUGCUCUAGAAAAGAUUGCUUUAUUUCUGGUUCUCUGGACCGUACAGUUCUGCUUUGGGACCAAAGAGCAGAGAAAUGUCAGGGUCUUCUACGUGUUCAAGGGAGACCAGCUGCAGCUUAUGAUGAUCAAGGACUUGUUUUUUCCAUCGCCUUUGGAGGAUACAUAAGAAUGUUUGAUGCUCGCAAAUAUGAAAAGGGACCUUUUGACAUAUUUUCCCUUGGAGGAGAUACGUCAGAAGCUAAUGUACUGAAGUUUAGCAAUGACGGAAGACUUAUGCUUCUGACAACAACAAAUGGGCAUAUUCAUGUUCUUGACUCAUUCCGUGGCACCCUUUUAUCAACAUAUAAUGUCAAGCCAGUCUCAAGCAACUCUACACUGGAGGCAUCUUUCAGUCCAGAGGGGAUGUUUGUCAUAUCAGGUUCUGGGGAUGGCAGUGUUUAUGCUUGGAGCGUACGUAGCGGCAAUAAAGUUGCCAGUUGGAUGAGUACUGAGUCUGAACCACCUGUAAUAAAAUGGGCUCCUGGAAGCUUAAUGUUUGUCACUGGUUCUUCUGCGUUGUCCUUUUGGAUUCCGGACUUAUCUAAAUUAGCUGCAUAUGUUGGAAGAAAGUAGGAAGAUUUGAUGGUGCCCCUCUAAAGCAUUUUUUCCUGCGGCUGCAUGGGUGUAGACUGUUUCUUUCGGGUGUAGAGAUACUAGAGAUUAUCAUGGAAUGCCUCAACUUUUGCUCGAGUCACGGGAACAGCUGAGUAGAUCUGACCUUCUGGCAAUUGCUCUGUCUCUCAUGUGAGAAAGCGCUGGGAAUUUGGCAUGCUCUAGAUGAAAAUCCUUCUCGUAUGCUGCUUCCUCGUGUUGGACAUAUAGCACAAUGUAUGUCAGCAUUGUCACAGCAUCCUAUUGGAGUAUCAAAAUAUCAGGAUCAAUCCACAAGCCAUUAACUGGCCUAUGGUGGUUUCUUGCAAGGUGGUGAUGCACAUUAUUAAAUAUCGUCCUUGAGUAGUGUUGACGGCACUAUGGUAUCAUUUCGCAGCUCUGCCUGGGGACACCAUUAGACGACCAGACCAGUAGCCUGAACAUAAGAUGGAGGAAAGCCGGAAACCCAUUCCUUGGUAACAAAAGCUACUUAAAGAAUAUUUUGCAACAAAAGUUACUAGUUUUGGAAUUUUAAUUUCUUUCUCAUAUAAUGUUCCAUUAUUUUGUCAAUAUUUCAAGAUAUCAUAUUUGUGGGACUCAUUUUCCAUCGAAAGGAUAGCACCGUGUGUGUGUGUGUGUGUAAUACUUCUUAAGCUAUAAUAUGUGCCAUCUAUGAAUGUGUUUAUAAGCUUAUUUUUGUUUA